CCCACCUCGAAGAUCCUCGACGAUCACCAUCCUCGGCCCGCCACAGCUCAUCGUUUUUCAGCAUUCAGCUCUGCAAACGUGAUCAUGGCGACUGAUAGUGGGCUGAAAAGGUCGCCAUCUGCUUCGGCUGCAAAGUGGAUGUCUUAUUUCUCGGACAAGGUUUCCGUUUCUGCGCUGUCGAUCCCAGGGACUCAUAACUCUUGUGCUCAUUAUGUUUCUCUGCCGUCGGUACGCUGCCAAAACGCACCACUAGUGCAGCAACUAGAUCGCGGAAUCCGCUUCCUCGACAUCCGGCUAUCGCGACCCUUUCUCCAAUUCUGCUCGCUCGGCCAGUCUCGCCACGAGCUCGUCGUCGUACACUCUGCGUUCCCGGUCUGCGCCUACCGCGCGGUCACGUUCUCGAAAGUGCUCGGCAGGGUCUACGCUUUCCUUGACGCGAAUCCGAGCGAGACGGUGAUCAUGUCGUUGAAGCACGAGGGACCGUUUUCAAAAGGCCGGGUCGAGCUCGCGGAUAUUCUCUGGAGCGGGUAUAUCAAGGGACACGAGCACCGGUGGUUUUUGGAGCCGCGGAUGCCGUCGCUGGGGGAAGCGAGGGGGAAGAUCAUCUUGUUUCGCAGGUUCGAGUGUAGAGAUGAGCAAGUUUCUCGAUUCGGAUUCCCCGCGACGGCGUGGAAAUACAACACCCCAGGCGAGGACGUCACCGACGGCACAGUUCUAUCAGUACAGGACUACUGCGAAGUCCUCUCUCCGUCCGGGAUCGAUGCCAAAUCAUCCUACGUCCGGCAACACAUCACCCGCGCGUCGUCGUCAAACCUCGACACGCUCUUCCUGAACUUCACCACCGCGGCAAACUUCUGGAACCCGAAUUGCUGGCCACGGUCGAUCGCCACGGGCGUGAUGUCGGAUAUCGGGAAGGCGCUGAUGGACUCGAAGGGGAGAUGCGGGGUUAUGGUUAUGGAUUUCCCGGACGCGGAUGGAUGGAAGAUCGUUAGACAUAUUAUUGAUCGGAAUAUGGAUCUUUGCGAGCAGAAGAGGCGGUGAUUGUAGCAUUCUUUAUUGCAUUGUACUGCAUAACUUACAUGGUUGGAGUCUGGUUUAAUAUGUUUUAUAGUCUUUCUGUAUUAUUCUCUGCAAAUUGUAUAUAUUACCAAAAUAUCGAAAUA